AUGGAGUUUAAUACUACAUUUUCAAAUAUGCAUCAAGAGAAUUUUUCAUUUCAAAAUCAAGUAAGUGGAAACAAUAUUUCUCUAUUUGAUAAAAACUUGAAAAGAGUUAAUGAAGACUUGAUAAAAGUUGAUAAAUAUUACUCUUCUAAAAAUAAUCAUCCAAUUGAAAAUCAUUCUCAAGUCAUAAAAAGCGAACAAAUAAAUAAUUCACUCUAUGAAACAAUGGAUGAUUCUUUAAAGUUCUAUGAUGAAUUAUAUAAAAUUCAAAUGAAUGAAAUUGAAAUGAAUAGAAAAAAGAAUGUACGAAAUGUAUUGAAUAAAAAAGUUGAUACUUGGAAACAGACAAAAAAAAAAUGUUCAAAGUUACUAACAAUUAAUAUUGAUGAAGACUCUAAGCGUUCUUUUCGUGAGGGACUUAUUAUUGACAAAAACUAUAACAAUAAACUACUGGACAGCAAUAAUGAUCAAUUUCAAACUAGAUUACUUGAAGAACAAAAUAAAUUUAAUACAAUUAAAUUUGCCAGGGUUCUAAAUAGUGCAUCGAGUUUAUUAUGUGAUAUAAAAAAAUUAUUAGAUGAAAGUUGUAUAACAUCACAAUUACUUAAUAGUCAUAGAGACAAUUAUAAACUUUUUGAAAUCUCUUUAAAUGAUUUAAAAACAAAGUCUUCAAAUAUUAAUGAACAAGAUAUUCUAACUAUCAAUGAACUUCAACAAAAUAUUAAAAUAUUGUAUGAACGGUUAUUAGAAAUACAAGUUAAACAUAUUAAAUCUAAAACUGAUUGUCAUGAAAAUGAAGAGAACAAUGUAUCAACUGAAAAUAUACCUAAAAGCAAUGAAAAUUGUUUCAACAAUCAGAUAUUAGAAAAAAAUAAAUGUGAAAAAACUAUAAAUGAAAUACAAAAUUUUUCAUUUAAAAAAAAUGAAAAUCUUGUUGAUAAAUCUGACGAAUUCUUCACAUUUAAAUUUAACGGAAAUAAAAAAGUUAAUGAUAGUAAUAUUUCAGAUUUUUCUUUUAAAAUUAAUGAAGAUUCAAAAUCUGAAACUAUUGUAAAAAAUUCUUCUUAUAAUUUUGAAGAUGAGUAUAAACAAUUUUUAGAAAAUCAUCUUACUAUUCAGAAAUAUUUGAAAAAAAUUGAAAAUAGUUAUUCUUCUUUUCUUUGUGAUGAUAAUUUAAAACCUUUGAGGCAGGAAUUAACAAAAUCAAUUAAUACACCAGUUAAUAGUAUAUCUUCAGUUUCUUCAUGGCAUAUGAAAGAUAAAUUUGAUAAACUUGAUGCAUUACUGAAGUGUAAAACGGUGAAAACUGGUAAUUCUACUGUAACAGCAAAUAGUCAUCCAGAAGCAUUGAUAUUUUGUAAAGAUACAUUAGCUAAAAAAAUAAUUAAUAUUGGAGAACAAGUGGUUAGUGUAAAGACAGAAACUGGUUUUGAAGUUGCUUCAAUUGUUACAGAGCUUUGGAAAAUUCAUCCAGAUUUUGGUAUUUUGCUUUAUGCAAGAUUUAAACAAAAAUGUCCUUGUCUUAUCCCAUAUAACGCUGCAAAAACAAAUGAAGAAACUGAUGAGGAAUUUUAUAAAUCAUUAUGUUAUAACUAUAUAAAUGGAGUUGUCGAAAAGCAAGAUAAGUAUGUAAAAAGAAUGACUGGUAUCAUAAGAUUAUUUGCAGCAAUUAUAGUAACUGAAUCUAAGAGUGGUAAAGCCUUAGGUAUUGGACAAGCCUGGAUGCUGAUUGCAGCAACUGUAAAUUUAGUUCCCCAAUUAGAUGUUACAGCCAUUUUUUUACAUGAAAUACUGGUAAUUACUGGUUAUGAACUUAAACAAGCUUAUGGAAGACAAUUUAUCAAAAUGUUGGAAUACAUAAAUACUAAUUAUAUGAAGAAAAUUGAUGAAGUUACACCAAUUGGUUGUGGAGGUCCAGUACAAAGAUUAAAAACAUUUAUCGACAAAAUUAUUCAAGUAGGUUAUAUUGAAAAACCUAAAGGUAUAAUACCUUAUGACUUUUGGUAAAUAACCAUUUGUUAUGCAACAUUUUUUUUUGUUUAACCAUGUUUUAAAUGUUUUUUUUUUACGAAAAUAAAAAUA